UUUCUAGAACCAGUCGUGCUUUUGUAAGUCGACACACAGCCUGUCAUUAACGUGAAUCGUCCUGAACUGUUCCUGCUUUACAUAAUUGUUCUCCAUUCGGCUGCAGUGUUUAGUGCGACCACUCGGGGGAGUCCUUGCUUCACAAUAUUCAUUGCAGAAAGCCAUCCUGCGGCUGUCAAAUAGACGGACGGUCGCUCGGACCACGUGACCCUGCCGCCAGCCAAUGAGAGGCGACAUUCCGAGUGAAGCAAAGGAAUCAAAAAGGAGGCUGCUGUAUUUUAUAGAUAUGGGGGCCCUUAUAUCCCGAUGGAAGACCAAACCAACCACAGUUGAGCAGCUGGAGAACCUGGACAAGGAGAUUAAAGAACUAGAGGACUUUCGAGCCAAAAACCAGCGUCUACAAAAGCUGUGGGUUGGUCGGUUGCUUCUCUACUCGUCAGUCCUUUACCUGUUGACCUCUCUGAUCGUCUACUGGCUCUACCUACCAGAGCAGUGGUUGCAGAGACUAGCCAUGGCCCUGCCUUUUUUCAUAUACCCCCUGCUGGUGUGGUUCAUUAGGAAGUUGCUGAUCUUCCUUUUUUCUAAGCGCUCUGAGAGAAACAGUGAUAAGCUAGAAGAUUUAAAGGUUGCCAAGAAAAACAUUCUAGAGGAAGUGAUGGAAAAGGAGACGUACAAAAAUGCCAAACUCAUACUGGAACGCUUUGAUCCAGAAGCUAAGAGGAAAACUGAGCUGGAGUCGACUCCAGCGCGUCCACAGAUGAGUCCCAGGCCUGGACAAGAGAUUCGACAGAGAGGGGUGCCAAUGAGACCCAUGCCAAUGGGCACACCAGUUGCCAUGACAAUGACUCCAUCAGGAGCGCGACCCCCAUCUGGGCAAGGGGACACACCUGUGGCUCCAGGUGGACCACCGGUGAGAUCUUCUGUGUCUGCUUCUGUCCUCCAGGGUACAGUACCCAGGAGCCCCUGCUCCCCUAUACCAGGUGUAGGCAUGCACCCUCCAGGUCCUCCAUUAGCAAGACCCAUUCUCCCCAAAGACAGGGGAGCUCUGGAUCGAGUCAUUGAGUACCUGGUGGGAGAUGGACCACAGAACAGAUAUGCGUUGAUCUGUCAGCAGUGCUUUUCUCACAACGGCAUGGCUCUGAAAGAAGAGUUUGAAUACCUAGCGUUUCGUUGUGCGUACUGCUACUUUCUGAAUCCAGCCAGGAAGACACGCCCUCAAGCUCCCAGGCUUCCAGAGUUCAGCUAUGAGAGGAGGUUACGAGCAGAAUCGCAUGUCCCUGAUCCAACACCAUGUUCUGAGACAGAUACAGAGGAGAGUGCGCCCCCUUGUGGAGAUGAGAAAGGUGAAGACCUCGCUAAAGAAAUGGAGUGCGAGAGCCAAUCAGAGGAGCCGCUGCAGCAGGAGGAGGAGGAAGGGCUAGUUCAGGAGGAGGAGAAGGCAGAGGAGGAAGGGCUAGUUCAGGAGGAGGAGAAGGCAGAGGAGGAGAAGGCAGAGGAGGAAUCGGCGCAGAGUCACGGUGCCUCCUGUGAAGGAGAACCUCAGCAGUCUUGGUUGCAGAGUCCAGGAGAGGGCCAGGGACAUCUGAUCACUCCGGACUGAGGGUGCUGGUCCUGGCCAUCAUAGAGAAGUGGCACUUUAAAACAAUAUGGAUGGACUAGGACUGUCACCAUUAAUAGUUUAAUGAUAGCUUUCUAUGUGCAACUAAAGUCUCAAAGGAAAACAAUCCAUAAUCAAGGAUCAAAAAUAUUAUAUUCAUCAUAUUUGGUAAUAAGAUCAUCAAAUGAUAUUGCCUAAAACGAUGCCAUCACAUCAGGGCUUUAACAGUUUGACUGAUGUUCAGAUAGCUGCAGUUUUAACCCUGAGGCUGUUUCUCACUAGAGUAGGUGGCUGCUGAUGUUGCCCCGUGUGGUGAAUGACAAACUGACUUUGUUUAAUAAUUUACACAGUCAGGUCCUUUUUAAGUAGCUGGCUGCUGUUCGGUUUGUCCGUGACGCGUGUUAUGGUUUUAGAUGAAACUGCUGAUUCAUAAAUGGACUGUCCUCACAUGCAGUAAAACAAAUACAUGCUGAAUUCUAAAUUCCUUCACUGACCCUAAUUUCAGCCAUUUGUUUUCCCACUCCGUCUGCUAUCUGUAUAAUUUGUUAAAUAUCAUAGCUUAUUAUAAUGCACAUUUAAGUAUAGUACCUAGAUGCUGUUUAUUGUUUUGUUGGGGAGGGGGAAAAAAAAUUAUCACCAAGAUUAUGAUGAGAAAACAUGGUCCAGCAUCAUCAGUUGUGUUAACAGUACAUGCAUACAAGUGUGCCAUGAAGUAGAAACACGUGGACCGAGGUCUGGAAACGGGUCUUUAUAGAAACACUUUGACUCUUUCUUCCUCACCAAGCUUUUGUUCUGCAGCAUAAAAUGUAAACCUCUAAAAUAAAAUCAAGCCAUUGAUUUUGCAAAGGUCUUUCUCUGCGAUAGGACCUUGCAACUUUAGCUUAUUGGUUUGAGGAGUGAGGAAUGACGAGCAGUGCUAGCUAUGUAGCAGCCUCAGUCUCACCUGAAACUCAAAACCUCCAGCAGAUGAAAACCAAAUAUGUUAAUGUUGUGUUUUAUUUAUGCAUUAGUGGCCAGAGUAAAAUCCCAGGGAUAAUAUGUUAAAGUGGAAAACUGAUUACUAGCAUGGUCCCAGACUGGAGCUGAAACUACCUAUUCCCUCUCUAUCUGGAUUUUGCCAAUUGUACUUUUUCAUGGGAUUAUCAUUUGCCACAUGAACUUGUUUUAUCAGAAUUUGCACCGUUUCUCUUUGUGUUUAUCUGCCCAUAUUAUGUUUGAACCCACCAGGUAUCGCUGGUACUGUCACAACUCUUUAAAAGCAUCAGCCUUGUUUAGGUUCUGUAGCCUCCAGGGGCUGAAGAUUUGCUGAAAUAUUUUAAGUAUUUUCUUGUUUUUGCUUACAUUAAUUUUAAGUGUUGUAAAUGUAGUAGACACCUGGUGUCAUGGUUGUGUGUGCCUUGGUUGCUGCUGGUAUAUUCAUUUGUUUACAGUGUAAGCUGGCCCAGGUUUAGCUUCUGCAGCAACAUCAAGUAGCACUGACUACUUACUUUUCUGUUUUGUUUUGUAAUUAAGUGGGGCAAGAACAAAUGGUGUCUACACAAAUGUAAAUGUGAUGUGUCAUUUGUACUGUGCAGGUCUGGUCCUGCAAACACUCCCAGACUAAAUGAGUAAAACAGGUUUCAUGGGGCACAGACGACGUGUAAAAUUUUUCUGAAAUGUGUUUACUUUCCACUUUUCACAUGUUACUGUGCGUUUCUGAUUGGUUGUCAAAGUCCUCAAAACCUUGCAGUGACCCAGAAUCAUUUGGCAAAGGCUAACUGUAAAGUUUGGCCCACGCUUUUGAAUCUGCCACUGCCCUGCAGUCUGUUUUUUGACAGACCCUCGUUGAAUGCUGUUCAGACACCACUCUAUGAAUUGAAAAUCACCGGACUCUACACCUUGACCACAGCUUGACGUUUUGAUUUUGUCCCAUUAUUUCUCCGUGCCAGGCAGCUAUGUUUCCAAAAGUUGCAAAAUGUUGCAUCAUGGUACCUUCACCAGCUUACAGGUUUGGGGUGAGCUGAAGGCUAUCGGUGUUAACAAGCUUUUCAUCUCCAAUGAUAUGCGCUGGUGAUGAAAAUGUGUUAAAAUUCCAAAUUUUAAGCUGUUAGUUUAAUAUUUAAAAGCCUAGAUUCUCAACAAGUUGUCUCACACACUGACAUGUGUAGACCCUGCUGACUUUGUUCUUGCAGUUUUUUUCUUUGCUCGUCUAGAUUUAACAGGUAUAUUUCUACCAAUGCUGGUCAUCAUGUAAGUGUGUGCAUGAAACGCUUAAUAAAGUUUAACAACAACAACAACUCAUACCCACUCGGUGUCAUCAAAUCCAACCUAAAACCUGUGUGGGCCUUACCCAGACCUAACCAGAAGGUACAUAGUGUUGUUUCUAGUUUCUCAGGAACACAUGACCUGUACAGUGGACAAUCCUGACUCAGUCUAUUAGUAAUGAGAAAGACAGUCAUGUAUAUUAAAAGUGAGAUUCAGCUCUGGGCUUUAACACCACUGUCAUAUGACAGUGACUUAAAAUGGCAUAAACAAGUAAUGACUUAUUUCUCACUAUUUCACAUCUACAGUACAAAAAAACAAAAGAACAACAAGUGGUCAGUGCAGUAUGACUUUACAGAACUUUAUCAUUAAAUUGAAAUAUGUGGUCUUGUCUCUUGCCCUAAUAAUUCACAGCUGCAAAUAAAUCAAGUUGCUUUCAGCUGGUCGCUGUAAACCCCGCAGCACUGACUAAAAGGUUUAAACUUCAUGGAAUAUUUACGCAUCCAUUACUUGCUAAAAAGUCUUUGUUAUGGCACCGUUGUAUUUGCUACAACAUUAUUGAAGCUGCAUAUCACACACACUAUAAAGGAGAAAUUGUUUGAGCUAAUUGAUAUGUUUGUGACCGGGCCAAUAUACAGGCCUAUGCAACCCAGACCCUAAUAACUUUUAGUAGUUCCCCAAGAAUAACACCCCUCCUGUUUUCUAUCAGGUCAGAUUCAUGCAAACUUCACCAGUACUGAGUUGCUACCCCUGGAUAAAUCUGCAAAUAC